AUGCACUCGAAGCUUCUUUUGCUCUGCAUCACCUUUUGCGCCUACACUGCGCACGCAGUGGACUUGUAUGUCUCUCCGAAUGGCUCGGACAAUAAUGCAGGAACAGCAGCCGCGCCUUUCAAAACCCUCACUAAAGCGCAGCAAGCUGUUCGUAAUCAGAUUGCUAGGACGGCUAACGAAAACAUCACUGUCCACGUUGGUGCGGGUACAUAUACGCUUCCAGCGCCCCUCAAGUUCACAUCCGAAGACUCCGGCAAAAAUGGUGUCACUGUCAAAUGGGUUGGGACGGGUGCCACCAUAUCAGGUGGACUCAAGAUCACCAACUGGGCAGCGGGAUCGAAUAGCGUUUACUCCGCAAACGUUCCGGUGGGCCUUAAAUCGCGAAACUUGUACGUCAAUGGGAAAGCUUCCAACUACGCACGCAAGAAGAUCGCAAACCGAAAAGACUUCACUUACACGAGUACUGGUAUGACAUGGACUUCAAGCACAUACGACUGGCUUUCUUCUACCCCAGGGAUAAGUGGUGCAGAGAUCCGCUUUAUCAACUCUUUCGCAGACCGCUACGCACCUAUCAGAUCGGUUGGAAACAAACAGUUGAUCAUGAAGCAAAACACAUGGUACAACCAGAUUUGGGGCUAUGAUACUGUUAACAAGAACAAUGCGGACUUUGGUGUUUGGGUGCAGAAUGCUUUGGCACUCCUGACAGAGGGUGGCCAGUUUUAUCUUGACUCAGCUGCUGGCAAGAUCUACUACAAACCGCUCUCUGGGGAGAACAUGGCAAGUGUAGACACGUAUUUGGGUCUUUCUGAAACGCUCAUUGUGAUUGGCGGAACUUACGCGGAUCCCGUUCACGACAUCUCGUUCCAGGAUCUCAACUUUGCUCAUACCACAUGGCUGCAACCUGCCAACAUCGGAUAUAUAGAUCAGCAGACGGGAGGCAGCAUUUGUGAAGACAAGACGUAUGACUCCUCCAACUUUGAGUCUACCCGUCCCAAUUGGUGUCAAAUGCCAUCUGCAAUCCAGAUCAGCGCAGCUAAAAACAUUGUCUUUUCUGGUGGAAACUACGCAAUGAUGGGCGCUGGGGGUAUCGGUAUUGGCAACGAUGCCAAUGCCCAUAUCACUGGUACUGGGCUUGGAGCAAACAAUAUUGCGAUCAAAGACGGUUACUUUACGCAGGUAAUGGGCAACAGCAUUACUGCCGGCGGUAUUCGAGCCGACGCACAUCAUCCAAGCGACGCACGCAUGACGAACUCGCGCAUUGAGAUAUCCGGCAACAUUUUUUACAAUGUUUCGUCGCUAUUCAGUUCGACAGUGCCAAUUCUCGCCACAUAUGUUCAGAACUCCCUCAUCUCGCAUAACGACAUCUACAUGACUCCUUACACUGGCAUCUGCAUUGGCUACGGCUGGGGAUCUAACGAUGCUGGAGGUAGCUCGGAGUACCAAAACCGCGGACUAUACAACUAUCAACCAAAGUACACGACUCCGACAACGUCGAUGAACAACCGCAUCGAGGGUAACUUGGUCCACGGCUACGGGUACUCACACACUGACCUUGGCGCAAUAUACACUCUUUCAAAGAGUCCGUCGACGUAUAUCGUUGAGAACUAUGGCUUUGAUUCUAGCGGCUUCGGUGCUUACACGGACGAAGGCUCUAAUUCAUACCUCAUUCAAGAUAAUAUCUUCCUCUCAAACGGCAUCUGGUAUGCACGCAACGGCGUCAACACGGCAAACAACACCAUUACUGGUAAUUUCGGCAAGACUGGGCCAACUAUCUCUGGCAAUACGAUUGUUUCGGAUAUUUCCAAGAUAUCUGAUGCAGGGAAAAAGAUUGCGCAACGCGCUGGUGUUCUCCCUGAGAAGCGUGCUGGUCGACCAGUAUCAAACCCCCCAAACUAA